AUGUGUUUCUCCAAGACUUCCGACUCGGAGCCUGCAGAUGUGGAGGUCAAUAUUGAAGUGGACGACGACGGGCUCGCUCACGUCAGGACCAAUCCUGCACUCCCCUUCGUCCUACCCUCCAUUGAAAGCGAUUUUGAUGACGAUCCUAUCGUAACCCAUCCUACCGGGACAAAGCGCAGGCGUAGCUCUGUGUCAACAACACCGGAGAAGCGUCAAUCUAUUGAGAGACCUUCGCCUCUACCUUGGUACAAAGACCCUGCUCAUUGCAACUCAGCUGACCGCACCCCUAACGCAAUUGAUGAGACUAUCCUAACUCACGUUUCACCAGAGCCCGAAAACCCUGAGGAUUUCAUCCAAUUUGCUCGGGAUCGUCGCGCUCGCGCCGUGGCUCGCGAAACCGGUACCAUGGAUUUUAAUGAGCUGCCUGAUAUCACUCCCAGUGACAUCCCCAACACCCGCGUUUGGGAGUCGCACCGUCCAUCCAACUGGGACUUCACCAUCUACGAAGACCCACCCGAUCAGCCCUCACCUCACCCCAGUCCGGUCCACCAAGGCUUCGACUCCGACGAAGAGGAUAAAGAAAACAUUUUCGUCACUCAGUCUGACAUUUCUAGCUCGGAUGAUGAAGGACAGACUCGACCCAACCUCGCUUGGGAUGAGGCUUCCACCGGUCCUCGCGAUGCCUUUGGUCUCCCACUCAACCGCGAAAUGUCUGAUUUCGUCCAGCCUCGUGACACCCCACGCCCCCAGCGCCACAUGCGCCGCGGUCGAGAGGUCCUGCGGACUAUCUGGGUUGACGUCGCACAAACCACUCAGGAAGAGGAGAAUGCCUUGCGUGAUGGAAAUCUGACCGAUACCCAGAUUCGGGAGAUCCAGGACAUUGAAGCAAGUUACCAACGAGGACAGAUUAGCAGAUUCCGAUCUAACCGUCGCCAGGCCUUGCGUGACGAUGCUAACGUUCAGGCUCCUACCAACUUCAACACUGAUAUUCGCCGUGUCCUUCGCUUCCAGCGACACGAGGGUCGUGAUACUACCCCCGAGGACAACCCUGUCCGUCCUGAGACUCCCCAGGUCCCUCUCGAGGAAGACGAGGAGCUUCAGCAGGAGGAUGAGGAGGACCUGUACCAGUAA